AUGUUGCUUCCCCUCCCCCUGGGCCCUCGUUCCUCUGCUUCUCUAGUCCUGCCAGCUCCUGGUGUGGAAGGGGCUUAUUUGUGUGUGAGUGUGUGUGUGUGCGUGCGUGUGCGUCGCUUUGUGCAGCCUCUUCCACCGAAGGGGGUGUCUCUGCUCCCCCUUCCCCUUUGUGUUUGCUCCCUGUGUGGUCAGGUCAGGAGGGAUAUGAGGGAAAUGGGAACCCCCUCGCCCUCCUGCCUCAGUCUUUCCUCUACCCUGUCUCUUCCCUGUCCUCUGGAAAAUGCCAAAACACAUGAUGUGAAUAAAAGUACAAUGGGUUAA